AGGGUGGCGGCGGUGGCGGUGGCGGGGGAAGGUUCUGGAGGCCGCCGCCAUCUUAGCGCCGCGUCCGGCCGCCGCUGCCUGCCGCCGCGAGCCGCGGACCGAGGGAGGCGGGACCCGGACCCGCGCCGGCCGUCUGUCCGUCUGUCCGGCCGUCCGUCCGGCCGUCCGUCGGGGGGGCGCCCCCCACCGCGGGGCCCACCAUGGAGCCGGGCGGCUCCCACGCGCUGCAGGACCCGGCCCAGGCGGACGCCAUGACGUCGGACGACUUCGACAUCGUCAUCGAGGCCAUGCUGGAGGCGCCCUACAAGAAGGAGGAGGCGCAGCCCGGCCCCUCCAAGGUGCCGACCGAGACCCCCGCGGCCCAGCAGCCGCAGGAGGAGCAGAACAAGGAGGCCAAGAAGGAGAGCGGGAGCAGCAGCGGGAGCAGCAGCAGGAAGAAGAGGAGCCGGAGCCGGAGCCGGAGCCGUGACCACAGACACAGCCGGAGCCGCGACCGGGACAGGGACCGACGCCGCCGGAGCCGCAGCCGCGACCGCCGGAGCCGCCACCGCAGCCGGAGCCGGGAACGCAGGCGGGGCAGCCGCUCCCGCAGCCGGGAACGCCGGCGGGAGGAGAGGGCCCGGCGCCGUUUCGGCCACAGCAAGAGCCCGCUGUACCGGGAGAAGAGCCCCGUGCGGGAGCCGCUGGGCAGCCUCAGCCCCGAGGAGCGCGACGCCCGCACCGUCUUCUGCAUGCAGCUGGCCGCCCGCAUCCGUCCCCGUGACCUCGAGGACUUCUUCUCCGCCGUGGGCAAGGUGCGGGACGUGCGGAUCAUCUCGGACCGCAACUCGCGGCGCUCCAAGGGCAUCGCCUACGUGGAGUUCUGCGAGAUCCAGUCGGUGCCCCUGGCCAUCGGGCUCACGGGCCAGCGCCUCCUCGGCGUGCCCAUCAUCGUCCAGGCCUCCCAGGCCGAGAAGAACCGGCUGGCGGCCAUGGCCAACAACCUGCAGAAGGGCAGCGGCGGCCCCAUGCGCCUCUACGUGGGCUCCCUCCACUGCAACAUCACCAAGGAGAUGCUGCGCGGCAUCUUCGAGCCCUUCGGCAAGAUCGACAGCAUCGUGCUGAUGCGGGACCCCGACACCGGGCAGUCCAAGGGCUACGGCUUCAUCACGUUCGCCGAGGCCGAGUGCGCCCGCCGCGCCCUGGAGCAGCUCAACGGCUUCGAGCUGGCCGGGCGCCCCAUGCGCGUGGGGCAGGUGACGGAGCGCCUCGACGGCACCACCGACAUCACCUUCCCCGAGGGCAGCGAGGAGGCCGAGCUGGCCGGCGCCACCGGGCGCCUCCAGCUCAUGGCCAAGCUGGCCGAAGGUUCGGGGCUGCAGCUGCCCGGCCCGGCGCAGGCGGCUCUGCAGCUCAACGGGGCCCUGCCGCUGGGCGCCCUCAACCCCGCCGCCCUCACCGCCCUGAGCCCGGCGCUGAACCUGGCCUCGCAGACCCUGGCGUCCCAGUGCCUCCAGCUCUCGGGGCUCUUCACCCCCCAGACCAUGUAACGCGGCCCCUCCCUCCCCCCUCCCCCAAAGUCCCCGGAGGGGGGGGGGGAGGGAAGGGGAGGCCCCCGCCCCCCUCUCCCGGCCCCGCCCCCCUCCCCGGCCCGCCCCCCGAGCCGC